AUGGCCAACCUGAACUUUGAGCAGCCACCAAGGAGUAUAGCGACAGCGAGUCUUUCUUCACGAGGAGCUGGCGGAGGGGGCUUAAGCUCUUCCACCCUCGUGGGUCAUGUCACACCUACCUCGGGCAUGUUCUCAGGGUCUGCGAGUACCUCGAGUACGGCGAACUCGGCGAUUGUCGGGGCCAGCAUUUAUCCAGGCGCCUCAGGCGCAGCGUCUCAGUCUGUUGGGCAUCAACCUCAACAGCAACAGCUCUCUCCCAUGGGCACCAGGGGACUGUUUGGCCAGAGAGCUUUUGCGGACAGACGAACUAUGCCUUCUCUUGGAAACUCUAAUCCAAUGGGUAGUAUGGGAAGUUUUGGAAUACCUCAGAGUCGGAGUUACGGAUCUCAAGGUGCGAUCAACAAUUUUCAUUCUGUGUUUGGGAGCGGAGGAGGCGGAGACACCAGCACCCCUCCACUGUUAGACCUCUCGGAGUUUCCCUCGUUGACGAAUCGAGGCCAGGGCGACUCUAUGCCUCAACCUAGCCCGAUGCCGGGCAAACAAGCUUAUGAUCCUUAUCUCGUUGCAGUUGGUAUGGUAAAACAGCCGACGUCUGAAGCGAGCGAAUUCACGAUGAGCUCUGAAGACUUUCCUGCGUUACCUGGCACGCAAAGCAGGGAAGGUCCAUCUCCUGGCGGAAGUAUAACAGGGGAUAAAAAUCUCUCGGUUGGUCUUGGUCCUGAAAUCGGUCAAGAUGUACUACAAAAUAAUAGAGCACCUGGUUCCGAAAAGUCACAAGCGUCGAAAAGAGGCAUCCAAACGUCACCUGAUGGAAAAGUAACGAAUAUACCAGCAAGUAUGGUGAAAGAUCAAUUUGGAAUGGUAGGAUUGUUAACGUUUAUUAGAGCAGCAGAAACGGAUCCUAAUUUGGUAUCACUGGCACUCGGUCAAGACUUAACAGCACUAGGACUAAAUCUAAAUUCUCCUGAAAACCUUUACCAAAAUUUCGGUGGACCCUGGGCGGAGACGUCAUGUCGACCGCAGGAUAUUGACUUUCAUGUGCCGCCAGAGUAUCUCAUAAAUGCAGCUAUAAGAGAUAAGUUGGCACCUGUAAAACUGAACCGGUACAAGGAUGAUCUCUUGUUUUAUAUGUUUUAUACGAAUGUUGGUGAUGUGUUACAAUUAGCCGCAGCGGCUGAAUUGUAUAGCAGAGAAUGGCGGUAUCAUAUGGAGGAGAAGGUUUGGAUUACGCAAGCACCAGGUCUUGGAUUGGUUGAAAAAACUUCGACGUAUGAACGUGGUACUUAUUAUUAUUUUGAUGCGCAAAACUGGAGAAAAGUAGCCAAGGAAUUCCAUCUUGACUAUACGAAGCUGGAGAGUAGACCUCAUCUUCCUACGACCUUUCAUCAAACCCAGCCUUGA